UCGAGCCUGCUUGGUCUUAACCUCAGAGACCGCGGAGCCCCAACGCCGGAUCCCCGUCCCCGCUCGCCAUGAGUCCCGCGCGGCGGAGCGCCCCAGUUGUGCUGCGCCUACUGGGCGGGCUGGCCCCGCCGCUGCUGCUGCUGCUCCUGCGUCCUCCGGCUGCGUCGGGUGACUGCAGCCUUCCCCCAGAUGUACCUAAUGCCCAACCAGCUUUGGGAGCUCUUACAAGUUUUCCCGAACAAAGCACAGUAACAUACAAAUGCAACAAAGGCUUUGUAAAAGUUCCUGGCAAGGCAGACUCAGUGGUCUGUCUGAAUAAUAAAUGGUCAGAGCUUGCAGAAUUUUGUAAUCGUAGCUGUGAUGUUCCAACCAGGCUACUUUUUGCAUCUCUCAAAAAGUCUUAUACCAAACAGAAUUAUUUCCCAGAAGGUUCCACUGUAGAAUAUGAUUGCCGUUUGGGCUACAUGAGGGACCAUUCUCUCUCAGGAAAACUAACUUGCCUUCAGAAUUUUACGUGGUCCAAACCUGAUGAAUUUUGUAAAAAAAAAUCAUGUGCUAACCCUAGAGAAAUAAAAAAUGGUUAUGUCAGUAUAACACAUGACCUAUUAUUUGGAUCGCCCAUCCAUUUUUCAUGUAAUACAGGGUACAAAUUAGUUGGUGCAACUUCUAGUUACUGUUCUCUUGCGGGAAAUACUGUGGAGUGGAGUGAUCCGUUUCCAGAAUGCCAAGAAAUUUUAUGUCCAGAACCACCAGAAAUUGACCAUGGAAUGAUUGAAAAGAAACAAAACAGUUACGCAUAUAGACAAUCUGUAACAUAUAAGUGUAUUAAAGGCUUCGCCCUGCAUGGAGAGAGCUCUAUCAAUUGUACUGUAAGAGAUGACCAAGGAGAGUGGAGUGGCCCCCCACCUGAAUGCAAAGAAACCUUUCAAAUUGACAAAGUCACACCAGCAGUUCAGAAACCCACCAGAGUACGUGUUCCAUCAUCUCCUCAGAAAUCCACCACAGUGAAUGCUCCAGCUACAAAGGUCCCACCAACUCCUCAGAAAUCCACCACUGUAAAUGUUCCAGCUACAGAAGCCCCACCAACUCCUCAGAAACCCACCACUGUAAAGGUUUCAGGUACAGAAGCCCCACCAACUCCUCAGAAACCCACCACUGUAAAUGUUCCAGCUACAGAAGUCUCAUCAGCUCCUCAGAAACCUUCCACAGCAAAUGAUUCAGCCACAACAGCCCCAAAUUCCCCCAUAUCAAACACUGUCUCUACAGCAGCUCAGAAUCCCAUCAUGGCAAAUGCUUCUGCAUCACAGGCCACACCAACAACCCAAAGAUUCACCACGGCAAAAUCUUCACUUACACAGAAUCUUAGAGCAACACAAAAGUCCACUGCUGUACAUACCCCAGUGAUCAAGAGUCUCCAUGCAACACAAAGAUUGACCUCUGCUCAUGUUACAGCAACAAGGAGUCCAGCUGGUCACAGGGCAACCACACGUUUUCAUGCAACAAGCACACCUAAAGGAGGAGGAAGCUCUACUUCAGUUGCUAGCAUCAUUGCAUCGGGUAAGUGUGGCUCUCUGGCAGUUAACAGAACUUGUCCUCGCUUUCGGAAGUGUAAUCUAUGUUCCUGGAAAAUUAUAUUGUCUUUUAAGUGUCUUAGGAAUACUAUUAAAACACAGUGUUUACGGAUGCCAAAGAGAAAACAGGUAAAUGCAUUUUAUCGAUGUGUUUUGUACUACCAUCAGGUGCUUGGUACGUUCCUAAGUAUUCCCCACCAUGUUUUUGUUCCAAGAUAAUUUUAGGACAACUUCAAAUCAUUUGGCCAAUUGAUCAAGUAUUAUUGUGUGCCUGUUGUCUCAAUACAUCUCAUUCUAGUGGCUAAAGAACCACAAGAGGAGAGAGUUAUCAAUACAGUUUCUAUCAUCAAGUAUUUUAUAAUUAAUCAUAAACUACUCCUUGACCAUUUCUGGAUGUCUGUCUUAUCCCAAGUAAAAGAAAGAGUCUUACCUUUGGUUAUAUCCUCUUCAUUUUCCCUUCCCUGUCAAUAGUUUAAAGUUAUCUUUAAAAAGUAUUCUGUUUCUAUAGGCAUGAGGCCAAAAACAUACCUGUGUUGCAGUUUCUUCUAGCAUUUGGUCUAGUCCUUUUCUUGUUCGUAAAUAAAUUAUUUGAUGUUAUGCAUUAACAAGAAGAUUAAUAAACUCCUAAAGAAGAUGGUAAAAUAAAUGUUUGUUAAGAAGCAAUACAGCUAAAUAGGCAUAUAUUGAUAAGUAAUGUCUAAUGGAAAAUAUUAAAAAAUGAAUUUUUUGAUUUAUGUGUUAAUAAGCUGAAGUCUCCUAUCUUAUGCAUGCGUGAAUUAGCCAAGGGUCUAUAAAACUGAAAGCAGGUACUUGUUUUAUUAUUUUCAUUGUUAUUUAUUAUAGUUUUUAUAUUUUAAAUGAACCUCUUUUAAGCUAAAAGAUUUAUGUUGAA